AUGGGCCAUGUGCUUCCCCUAAGCCAUGAUAUGUACGGUUGCCGUGUCAUCCAGAAGGCUUUGGAUGUAGGGGAGCACAAUCAGAAGAUUGUGAUAGCGAAAGAGCUCAAACACAAAGUGCUCAAAUGUGUUCGCGAUCAGUUCGCGAGCCAUGUUAUUCAGAAAUGUGUAGAGUGCCUGCCACCGAAGCAUAUCCAAUUCAUCUUCCGAAGCUUCUGUGGAAGGGCAAAGGCACUAUCCAUCCAUCCCUAUGGAAGCCGUGUGAUUCAGAGAGUUAUUGAGUUUGCUAACAAGCUGUCAGCAGACCCAUUUGGAAACUAUGUGGUGCAGCACUUGCUCGAGCAUGGAGGUCAGACGCAGCGAUCCAUGAUAGUGAGGAAAUUUGACAGGCGCGUGUUGAGCAUGUGUUAUCACAAUGUUGGGAAGAUGCGCUUCGCACGCCCCAGCAGAACAGUAGAUCGAGAACCUUCUCACUCGGUGCCGUGA